AUGAGUGCUCCAGUUGACUCGAUCAUGAAACAGACUAUCAAGGUAUACUUUUACCUAAUUAACUCUAAAUUUUUGCAGGAUUUAAAAAGAAAUAAUUGCGACAUUUUAGUAAGAACUUGUGAGAAAACCUAUAAUGAAGAAUAAAUUGUUUCAAAUGGAAUCAAUAUCAUUGAAUUGGCUUUUCCGGAUGGCAAUAGUCCUCCAAGGAAGGUCAUUUAACAGUGGCUAAAGAUAGUUAGUGCCCAUAGACUAAGCAAAAUUUAAUCCUAAUCACUUUUGACUACUGAAGAUGAUUCUGAUUAAAUGCAAUCUGACGGAAAUGUAAUAAAAUCUGAGUAGUCUUCUUCUAGCCUAAAGACAAAAAAAAUUAAAUAAAAGCCCUCUAAGAGAAUAGGCAUUCAUUGCUUAGCAGGAUUAGGAAGGGCUCCAGUUUUGGUUGCAAUCGCUUUGAUUGAAUUUGGAAUGAAUCCUGAGCAAGCGAUAAAUUUGAUAAGAAGUUAGAGAGUAGGAGCAAUUAAUCACUCAUAGGCUCAGUUUAUUCUGAAAUACAAAAAGAGAAAAUCGUUUUCCAAAUGCUCAAUAUUUUGA